CUCGAAGACGCCCUGGCGCGCCCUCCCCCCCUCCCCGGUCUGGUAGGGCGAAGGAGCGGGCGCGCGGUCGAUCGAGCGAUCGGUUGGCGGCUCUUUCUCCUGCUCUGGCAUCCAGCUCUUGGGGCGCAGGCCCGGCCGCCGCGGCGCGCGCCCGGUGGCCGUUGGCGCUCGCGCCGCGUCUUUCUUCUCGUACGCAGAACUCGGGCGGCGGCCUAUGCGUUUGCGAUUCGACGAGGAGUCGUCCGGGUGGUUGGCGGCGGCGGGCAGCUGCUCCGCCCCGCUCCCGGGGAGGCGGCGGCGGCGGGAUUUGGCGCGGCCGGGGAGGCGGGGGUGGCCGGGGCCGGCGUGGAGGCCUGGCGCCACCCUUCGGGGCCUGCAAGGACCCAGUUGGGGGGGCAAGAAGGGGCUGGGGGAUGGUUGGUGGUGGGCUUUCUACUUUGUCUUUUCCUCCUCAUGCCCCCUUAGUGAGGGGGGGGAGCUUUGGCGGCAGCUCCGGGGCGGGGAGACAAGCCCCGGAGUCGGAAGAGCUGGGUUUGCUUCCGGGCCUAGCCACCAGCUGGCCGAGUGACUUUAGGCAAAUCACUCUGUAAUUUGUCAGCGCCUCAGUUUCCUCCUCUGCCUAUCAAUGUUUGUAGGGUUGAAAGCGCUUUGUAAACUAUAAAGCGUCGGUGUACGUAAGGGAUGAUUAUUGUUUGUAAUGGGGUUUUUUUUGAGUUGUAAGAAAAGUUAGCAAUUGCCCAGUUCUUGGAUUUUGAACCUGGGAACCUUGGAUUGGAGUUGGAAGCCCCCAAGUUCCCCCGAAAUUGUAUGCAGAAAUAGUGGGAGUGUGCAUUUGGGGGAAUGAGGAUCCAUCGCCAGCAAGUUUUCAAAAGGGGGCUGUGACCCAGAAGAGUUAAGAACUACAAUUCCGUAAUGCCACGAGGAGGAAACUGAGGCCUAGAUGUCAUUUGGGACCCUUCACAACCGAUUUGAAGCCCCUGUUAGGAUCCCUGGGAUAUGUGAGCUGUUUCUAUGCAUAAUGGAUAUUUGGGGUAACAACACUCCACUGCUUGGCUUCUAUUCUGAGUCCUUUCCUUUUACCAUGGGGUGCCUGAACGCUGGCUGACGUGUAUGGUAUGGUUUAUGGCACCCAAUAUAAAGCAGCUGAAACUAGAAAUGGAUGUGUUCCCUACUAUCGAGAAACCUAUUUAAUCCUUGGCCCAGCAACUCUUGUUUUUCUGCUGCUUAUACUGGUGCCUGACUACCUUUCCCUUUCAUUGACCAUUUUCCACGACCAUGGUUCCCAUCCAUUACUUGCUUCUAUUGUAUAUCUUUAGUCUCUGCGGUUGGUAGUGAGCAGGCUUAUUUUUAAAUGGUGCUGCCGAGUCCAGCUAAUUAAUGGUGCAGGUGGAUUUUUAGCAAGCUGGCUCACUGGAACAGACUAAACCAGGCAUGGAAUUCUUGAAGAUGUUUGGGGGCUUAUCUUUAUUAAUUGAAGGUUAGCAUUCUCUGAAAUUUUGUUAUGACUUUGGCUGAACUUCAAAAUCAGUAGAUUUGGAAGUGUUUCAGUGCUUACUUUUUUCCUGGCCUGCUUUGUAUUCUAUUUGCUUGCAAGUGUGUUACUAAGAUGGCCAAGAUGCCAGUUAUUGCUUCUUUGUUAAUUGUCAGCUGCUUUUAUCAAAUUCCAGGCCGUUAUCCAGCAAACACUAUAGAAAUGUUUGAACAGUUGUAUUUCAAACAUUUUCUCUUUGUGGAGUGGUGCUUACCAGUGGUACAGCUCUAAGCAAGUGAACAUAAAUACAUAUAAGUGUAUUUCGUCUGGUUAGGUGUUCACCUGUUUUGUUAUUUCAUACAAAUGUCUGAGAAAAUCAAUUGACUAUUCCUUUUACGUAAAGGGCAGAGACAAAUGAUCUCACUUCCAGAGAAAGGACUGUUGUAGAGAAAAAUGUGUUGGUCUUUUAGCUCCUUUGUUGUUAUCUGGAUGUACCUCAAAAGAAUCUUAAGACUGUGGUGAUCUUAUAAGAUGCUUUCCUCAGGAGAAAAGAGGAAAAAAAAACAACUGGAACUCAAAGCUUGAAAUUCUGUAACAAAACAUGAGAUGUCCAGGAUAGGAGGCCGAAAAGAUUUCACUACAGUGUUCUGCACUAGCUGCAGCAGAUGCUUUUCUGUGUAGCCACGGCAUGGACUCCAGAUUUCCAGAUUUUCAAGAACUGCACCUGGGACCUGAAGAGCUUGUCAGGAUGUGACAGGGACUCUGGAGCUGAACAUACUUGUUUUUGAAUCUGGGGGCUGUUGACCUUGAUUUGAGAAGAGACAACAAUGGAGCAAGCACUGCCACCAGCGCUAUUACUGGGAAUUUGAAGACCUGAGUCUCUGCCAGAGCUUCAUUGCAAGUUCUAGUGACGCUCCAUCCAAAGUGAACUACGUCCUGUGCCUCCUGAUGGCUGAGUGUUCACCUGGACCUUCUGACCACCUUCCUUGUACUGUUCCAUCAGCCUAUAGAUCUGGUACCUGGAUUUUUGCCCAUGGUGAUUCCUUCACCUUACUGCUGAAGAAGACACCAUUCCAGUGGACCAUGGUGAUCCAAGAGGCAUUCAACCAUCAUGAUGUGGCCUUCAUCUCCACUCCUGUCCUGUUCUACCCAGAUUCAGCACAGCCCUUUAUAGUGAAGUCAAACUAUUCAAGCCAGAUAGCUGAAGCUAUUUUAUCACAGCAAAAGGCCCAGUUUGUUCCAUGAGUGUGCAUUUCGUUUCUUCAAUUAAAGCCUUCAGAGACACAUAAUAAAUUUGGACCAGGGGAUUUUUAGUUAUCAACACUGAAGAAUGGUAACAUCUUUCAAGAACGACGUUGGAUCAUACCCCACAAUUUCAAAUGAUUGAAAUUCGUGAAGUGUCUAGGGUCCUAUCCAGAUCACGGGACCCUAUUCUUUUUCCACUUCAAGUCUGUAGUAGCCUACUGAAUAGAAAGCAGAUAUUCUGACCAGCAGAUACUGGAAUAAAAACAAAGGCACAGUGAACUCAGCAUCUUUGGGAUUACUCAGGAACCAGAACUUUUCACACAAAUGUAAGAAAUUCUACCAAGGAAUCCCCGUAUCUAACAGCAUCUCACAAAGCUCCAAUCAGAUUCCAGAAAAGGCCUCUUGAUACAUCCAGGUAGAACCUAUCAUGGUAAUCCCUUAUGUUUAUAUAGCACUUUAUAGUUUCAAAGCACUUUUACAUGCAUAAAUCUCAAUUAUCAAAACAA